AUGAAGUCCUUCCCCACCAUUCUCAAGGCCCUCAACCACCAUGCUGAGGAAAGCCCCGACAAGGCCGCUUUCACCUGGGUCAAUGUCAAGUGUGAGGAACAAAACAAGAUGACGUUCAAUGAGUUGGAAGCCCAGUCGAAUGCUGUGGCUGCUCGUCUCAUCAAGCUUGGAUGCAAGAAGGGAGACCGUAUCAUGGUGGCCUAUCCUUUUGGACUGGAGUUCUUGGCUGGUAUGUUUGGUGCCAUGAAGAUCGGGGUAGUCCCUUGCUCCAUCUAUCCACCUAAUCCCAACCAGCUCAAGACUGAUAUGCCCAAAUUCCGCAAAUUUGCAGAGGAUGCUGGAGCCAACUACGCGCUUAGUACAAGCUUGUUUGCCACUGCCAUGACUGCAGCGAGCGUCCUCUUCAAGACUGGUGUCACUUGGAUUGGAACUGACAAACUAGAAACCAAGAUUGACAACCCCAGGAAGCCCAAAGAUUAUAAGAAGUUUGAGGGGGAACCACAUGAAGUUUGCUUCAUCCAGUACACAUCUGGCAGUACUGGUUGCCCCAAAGGAGUCAUGAUUACUCACAACAAUUUGGUUGAAACAUGCAAGGUGGGGAUUUCUUUGACUGAUUUAAAUGCUGAUUCUGUGGCAGCUCUUUGGGUCCCACAAUAUCAUGACAUGGGACUAACAGGAUUUAUGUCAUGCCUCUACACGGGAAGUCACCUGGUUGUGGCAUCACCACUAGAUUUUAUUGCCAAACCACUGCUGUGGACUGAUAUGGUGGAGACAUACAAAGCCACCCAUACGUCAGCACCCAACUUCGCAUAUGCCCUGCUUCUCAAGCGGUUGAAGCAAGCCAACAGAAAACCACACUGGAGUUGCAUGAAGGCAGCGAUGUUUGGUGGUGAACCAGCACAAAGCCAUGUUGUGGAAGCAGUGGCAAAGACUCUCUCCAUAAGGCCUGAGUAUGUCUACAAUAUAUAUGGCAUGGCUGAGAUGGUGGUCUUUGUCACAGGGGGGGCAGCCAAAACAGACUCUGAGGAAGGGCUUGUGUCUUGUGGCAUAGUAGAUUCCCCAAGUCUCAAGAUUCGAAUAGUUGAUGAUGGAAGGGAGGUGGAUGAUGGGCAAGUUGGAAGUAUCUGGGCACAGUCACCACGGGUGGCGGCCGGAUACUAUGGCCAGUCUGAGCUAACCACGGCUACCUUUGCCAAUGCAUUGCCUGGAUAUGAGGGCUCUUGGCUAGACACUGGUGAUUUGGGAAAGGUUGUUGAUGGGCAAGUGUACAUCACAGGCAGAGUCAAAGAUGUCAUCAUUGUGAAUGGAAAGAACUACUACCCUACUGAUGUGGAGCUAUCUGUUGAUGAGACUUUUGGUGAUGUUAUCCGUCCAGGCAGGACCUCUGCUUUUCAGCUUGGAGAGGACAGCAUUGGUGUCACGCUUGAGGCUCGCAAAGGGCUUGAAAAACCAUCAAACAUAGAUUUGGCUGUUCAGAUAGCCAACCGUGUGUCCCAAGUCCAUGGGUUGUUUGUAUCAGAAGUUUUGGUCCUCAAGCUAGGCAUGACUCCCAAGACAACAUCUGGCAAGCUGAAGAGGAGUGAGAUUAGGCAGACUACAAUUGCAUGUGGCUGGAAGGAAGCUUCUAUAGUCCUUCACUUCCAGCAGAAGGAAGUUAUUGCUCCUCUUGCCAAGAAUAAGAGGUCUUCUUUCCUGGAGAGAAGUUUUUCAAAUCAAGGUAUUGCCAGCACCAAACAUAUGCCCUCCCAGGCCAAGCUGUUGAAGCUGUUCAUGCUGUAG